AUGCACCUGAAAUACAACCUGGUUGGGCAAAAGAUGCAUAAAGUGGGAGUGUACGAGCGUGUGGAAAAAAUCGGUGAAGGCACAUACGGUGUCGUAUACAAAGCGUUAGAUAUCCAAACCCAAAAGAAUGUUGCUCUCAAACGGAUCCGAUUGGAAAGCGAAACUGAGGGUAUACCGUCAACGGCCAUGCGCGAAAUUUCGCUGCUCAAAGAUCUUAAGCAUCAUUCCGUAGUGGAACUGUUCGACGUCAUUAUCAUAGAAACCAGCAUUUACAUGGUUUUCGAGUAUCUGGACAUGGAUCUUAAGAAAAUGCUUGAUCGCCACAAAGGCAGCUUCACACCGAUGCUUGUUAAAAGCUACAUGCAUCAAAUGUUGGAUGCAAUUGCGUACUGCCAUUUGAACCGUAUUCUUCACCGCGACCUGAAACCACAAAACCUGCUCGUCGAUCGCCAAGGACACAUCAAGCUGGCAGAUUUUGGUUUGGCGCGUGCAGUCAACUUUCCUAUCAGAGUGUACACACACGAGGUCGUCACCUUGUGGUACCGAGCACCGGAGAUAUUGCUUGGGACCAAGUUUUACUGUGUUGGCGUGGACACCUGGAGUUUGGGAUGUAUAUUUGCUGAAAUGAUUCUAAAACGACCACUCUUUCCAGGGGAUAGUGAGAUUGAUCAACUGUACAAAAUUUUUCGACAACUGGGCACGCCGGACGAAAAGAGCUGGCCCGGCGUUUCACAUCUACCGGAUUUCAAGGAAACGUUUCCUUCCUGGGAAGCGCAACAUUUACCGAGCGAAAUACGGCACGACCAGGAUGCACAUUCGCUGUUCAGUGAGCUAAUGCAUUACGAUCCGACGAAACGAAUUUCGCCAAAGAAUGCCAUGAAUCAUCCGUACUUCGAUACCGUUAGCCUGGUACCGCCGGAACUGUAA